AUGCGUGGCAUCGGUUACGAGUGGAUCGGCUGCGUCGAAGUGGCGCACUUCUCGCACCCGUUCGAGCUCGAGCUGGAGAGGACGGCGGGCGACGGCGACCAAGAAGCAGGUUUCGCGCUGGUGGGCCGGCUGUUCGUCGAGGUGCUGUCCUUGGAUUGCUGGAACAGGCUGCGCGUGGAAGGCUACGCCUACUGCGACCUACUCGAAAGCCCCGGCCAGAGGGAGCUGUCGCUGCUCACGUGGCGGCCUCUGUCCCGUAGCCUGGUCUCGCGCAUGCGCAGGUUCUUCACGGGCGGAGAUCCCCCGCUGGAAGACCUCUGCGCUGCCGGCACAUCGACCGCUGCGGCCUCGUCCGAACAAAACGGCGACGCAGAGCGGAGCAAGAGGCUCACCAGGUACUCCCUGUGCACGGAAUCCAGCGGAACUGUGAAGGUGCUACUGAAUGUCGUCCGCCAGACCACGUUCAAAGCCAGGGAGACGGAGAUAGCACGACGAGUUCUGGGGUCGAUUGGACGGCAGGUGAGCCAGUCAAGCAUCACUGCCGUGUUGGCAUCCUUUCACCGGGCCAGGAGCAGGAUGCUGGCGGCACGUGCCAGGCACGCAGCCUUGGCCCAGGCCUGAGCAACAAGUGAAGGAGUGCUGCCCUGAAGCAAGCAAUGAUGACUGCACAGUGCAUUUCCUAGUACAAAUCUCGUAACAUCAAGUUUUAGCCUGCUCAUACAUGUGCUAACAUUAUGGUGGAAACAUAGACGGCAGCAGUAUCGCUGUUAGCGAUGGCUUGUGAUGCUUUGUUCAACCAAAACAUGUUAGACCUGUCUUACUGCACAAAGCAGUAUUGUCCUAGGGAACCGAAUUAAAGCAUAACGCUGUUGUGUAACAUUAUAGCGUAAUGCGCUUUAUGGAAUUCAGAUUUGGCAAUUUCUUGUGACGAGUGUAUUCAUGCUGCAUUCGUUGUUGUUAUCAUUUGUGCAGUUGUGUCUGUCCUGCUGUUAACUGUUUUGCACACUCUGACUCCUGUCAUUCCAAUUGAAUUUUAUUGGUAGGCCGAGUGAAGUUUAUUUGCAGACACAAUAUGAACUAACAUUGCGUUCAGUACGAGCUGCAAGACAAUGCCCGUGGUCGAAGGAGCCGAGUGGCAGCGCCAACAUGCACAAAAUUAGUGAAUGAAACAGUAUUCCAAUAAGUGAUAUUUAUUAAACCAUAUUUUUGUAGGUCGGCGCGGCCAUGCAAUCUUGGAGUCCGUUCGACCGAUGGCACUGUGUUGCAGCUCAUACUGAACGCAACUGUACAUCUGGUUAGGUUACUGUGGAGUUACAAGAAACCGUAAUGCAAAUAAGUCAAGUGUAAGCGACGCCAACAUGCGUGGCAUGCGCUGAACAACCUAGAUGCACCCAACACGAUGAGCAGAGGAGAUCCAGUUGUGUAUAGCCGUGACCCCACCAGCCCAUCGUGUUGGGUGUAUCUAGAUCGUUCAGUGCGUACUACAUGUCAGCAUCACUUACACUCUACUUCUUGGUUUUGGUUCCUUAUUCUUGUCACUCCACAGCAACCAAACUGGGUGUCUGUCAUAUCAUGCCUGUACAUAAACUUCACCCAGCCUGCCAAUGAAAUUCAGUUGGAAGCUUACACUUGUGUCUGUCUCUUCACAUGUUUUUGCCCCCUAGUUUGUGUACAAAGACCUGCUGUCAUGUCUUGACCUGUGUCUUCUUGUCUCACAUGAGUCUUCUUGCUGAGAGAAAAAGGCAGUGGAACUGCAAUGGCUUUUGUGAUUACGUUGCUGCCGAUGUCUUUAUUUGAGCAGCUAAGCAGAAUAAAGAUGGUCAUUGCAACAAUAGUUCAGUGUGCCCCGAGUGAACUCAGCAUCACAAGACGGCACAACCAGCACUACUGACUACAUCCAAAUGUUUGGAAUUCUGUAAAUGGUGUACUUAUAUGGACAGGCUCAAAGCUCUUAUGGCUCUUGCUAUGGUUUCAAUGGUGUUGCCUGUCUAACAUCAACCUUGCCGUUUCAAUGAGGAGUCAAAAAGUGGCUUCAUUGCUGGCUGUUGUGGUGCUCUUACGAGGAUGGUUGGGGAUGAUGUUGCAAUGAUGUUGAGAUGCAGUGCUUUACAAAGGUCGUUCAUAAGGUUCACAGCAUUUCCAUGAAAGAGCAGAACUUGAGCAAUGAGACCCGGGUGGGAGUUCAACCUGAGC